GCAAGGGAAAUGGUACCCGCCCCGCCGCUCGCCGGUUGAGGAGGAGCCGCUCUGGCCAGGUGGCAGGCCAGCCGUGGCGCGGGGCGCGGGCCAGAAGGGGCGUAUCGUCCUCCCGUGCUGCUGCUGAAUGUCGACUCCGGAGGAUGAGGAGAGGCUCUCGCCGCUUGCCCAGAGAUGGCCCCGCGCGAGCAAGUUCCUCCUGUCGGGCUGCGCGGCCACCGUGGCCGAGCUAGCAACCUUUCCCCUCGAUCUCACAAAAACUCGACUCCAAAUACAAGGAGAAGCUGCCCUUGCUCGGUUGGGAGACGGUGCAAGAGAGUCUGCUCCCUAUAGGGGCAUGGUGCGCACGGCCCUGGGGAUUGUCCAAGAGGAAGGCUUUCUAAAGCUCUGGCAAGGAGUGACACCUGCCAUUUACAGACACAUAGUGUACUCUGGAGGUCGAAUGGUCACUUAUGAACAUCUCCGUGAAGUUGUGUUUGGCAAAAGUGAAGAUAAGCAUUAUCCCCUUUGGAAAUCAGUGAUUGGAGGGAUGAUGGCUGGUGUUGUUGGCCAAUUUUUAGCCAACCCAACUGACCUAGUGAAGGUUCAGAUGCAAAUGGAAGGAAAAAGGAAACUUGAAGGAAAACCACUGCGAUUUCGUGGUGUGCAUCACGCAUUUGCAAAAAUCUUAGCUGAAGGAGGAAUACGUGGGCUUUGGGCAGGCUGGGUACCCAAUAUACAAAGAGCAGCGCUGGUGAAUAUGGGAGAUUUAACCACUUACGAUACAGUGAAACACUACUUGGUUUUGAAUACACCACUGGAGGACAAUAUCAUGACUCAUGGCUUAUCAAGUUUAUGUUCUGGACUGGUAGCUUCUAUUCUGGGAACACCCGCUGAUGUCAUCAAAAGCCGAAUAAUGAACCAACCGCGAGAUAAACAAGGAAGGGGCCUUCUGUAUAAAUCAUCAACUGACUGCUUGAUUCAGGCUGUUCAAGGAGAAGGAUUCAUGAGUCUCUAUAAAGGCUUUUUACCCUCCUGGCUGCGAAUGACCCCUUGGUCACUGGUGUUCUGGCUUACUUAUGAAAAAAUCAGAGAGAUGAGUGGAGUCAGUCCAUUUUAAGCCCUUAAAGAUGCAGCCCUUAAAGAUACAGUGUUCAUUAUCAUUGAAAUGCGGGCAUCUGCAACAUACACCCCCUAUUAUUUCUACCUCUUUAGGAAGACACCUUACUCCACAGAGACUGUGAUUUAUAGGGGGCAGCACUUUAUUUUUAUCCGGAAACCCACGUUCUCUUUGACUCCUCUUUUUGUUCACAAGCAAUCUGAUUGGAUCACACAAGGCCUCCCAAUGAGACCCAGCCCAGUGUUUUCUAAGGAAGAGUCAAAUCCCGACCACUUACCGUGAGCAAGAAGAUUCGACCUUCGAGAUGCUAUUCUAUGCUGAAGAGCUUGCUUAGAGGAGGAAAUGCCAGAAGGGAGACAGCAUCUUAGACCUGAAGCAGACAACAGUAACGUGGAAAAAUACAUACGUACAUAAUGACCACGGAACAUAUUUAACCUGUCGUGUCAGUAUUUACGACUGAAAUUUGAUAAUUCACUUUUCUGUUGCCGUUAAAGUGUGCAUACUUUAAAUUAAAGGGAGGUGAAUGAAUAAACAUUUUGAGAUUUCCCUAGUGUUGAAGGAAGUUGAUGUACCUUUUCUUGCCAGGAGGAUGACAAAGAAUCAAGUUGAGAUGAUGUUUGGAU